AUGGCCUCCUGGAAAGAAGCAGAGCUUGGUACAAUGUCGAAAGUCCAAGAGACGCUGUCUUCUCAUAGUGGCUGUGGCUCGUGUUUGGUCGACAAAACUGAAACCGUCCAUAUCAACCCAGAUGUCGAAAGCCCUUACACCCGUCAACCUCUUUGGUUUAAAGUGAGGGAGUAUUGUCGUGAUGCCUUAUCAGAAUUCUUUGGAACGAUGAUCCUGAUCCUGUUUGGUGAUGGUGUCGUGGCCCAGGUGCUCCUCAGCCAUGGCCAAAAGGGCGAUUACCAGUCCAUAUCCUGGGGAUGGGGGCUCGGCGUCAUGCUCGGGGUUUACGCCAGCGGUGCAUCCGGCGGACAUAUCAACCCAGCCGUGACAUUUGCAAGCUGUGUGUUUCGCGGCUUUCCCUGGCGCAAAUUCCCUGUGUAUGCUUUAGCACAAAUCCUCGGGGCAAUGGCAGGCUCUGCCAUUGUUUACGGAAACUACAAGUCGGCCAUCAAUGCCUACGAGGGCGGACCCGGUAUUCGAACAGUCCCUGGCUACUCGACAACAGCAACAGCCGGCAUAUUCUGCACAUACCCGGCCGAGUUCAUGACCAAAACGGGUCAAUUCUUCUCGGAAUUCAUUGCUAGUGCGGUACUCAUGUUCAUGAUAUUCGCCAUCAAAGAUGAAGGCAAUCUCGGAGCUGGACCAUUGUUUCCUCUUGCACUGUUCUUUGUUGUUUUCGGCAUCGGCGCUUGCUUUGGGUGGGAGACCGGUUAUGCUAUCAAUCUUGCCCGAGACUUCGGCCCUCGACUUACGUCUUUCAUGAUUGGAUAUGGACACGAAGUAUGGGCGGCAGGGAAUUACUACUUCUGGGUUCCUAUGGUUGCACCAAUUUUGGGCUGUACCUUUGGUGGGUGGAUAUAUGAUCUUUUCCUGUAUACCGGCAUGGAUACUCCAAUUCAUACGCCUUGGGUGGGAAUCAAGAGACUAUUGGGGCCCGUACGUCAAAGGCGUGUUUCGCUACAGAGCCCUGUCUGA